UUGGCGAAUCUGCUGCACAGGCGCGCCGGAAGUGGGGCCGCCCUUCGCCGGAAGUCGCGCUUCCUCCAUUUUGUUGCCCGCUAUGGCGGCCGUGUCGAGGUUGGGGCCUGGAUGCGGCGCUUUUGACUGAGGGGCAGGCCAGGGAGAGGCAUCCGGGACAACGGUGCACGACAGGGCCAGCCUGGUCGCCGGGGACGCUGUCAUGUACGGCGCGAGCGGCGGCCGUGCCAAAGCCGAGAGGAAAAGUGGCGCGAAGGAGGAGGCCGGGCCCGGCGGAGCCGGCGGUGGGGGGAACCGAGUGGAGCUGCUGGUCUUCGGCUAUGCGUGCAAGCUGUUCCGGGACGAUGAGCGGGCCCUGGCUCAGGAGCAGGGACAGCACCUCAUCCCCUGGAUGGGGGACCAGAAGAUCCUCAUCGACAGGUACGACGGGCGCGGCCACCUGCACGACCUGUCCGAGUACGAGGCUGCGCACGCCACCUGGAACAGAGACUACCAGCUCUCGGAGGAGGAGGCGCGAGUAGAGGCCCUGUGUGAUGAGGAGAGGUAUUUAGCCUUGCAUACGGACUUGCUUGAGGAGGAGGCGAGGCAAGAGGAAGAAUACAAGCGCCUGAGCGAGGCCCUGGCCGAGGACGGGAGCUAUAACGCGGUGGGAUUCACGUACGGGAGUGACUAUUAUGACCCGUCCGAGCCGACCGAGGAAGAGGAGCCUUCCAAACAGAGAGAGAAGAGCGAGGCUGAGCACGCGGAUGAGAACGAGGAGCCCUUCGUGGCCCCCCCAGGGCUGAACGUGCCGCCCGACGUGGAGCUGCCGCCCACAGCCAAGAUGCACGCCAUCAUCGAGCGCACGGCCCGCUUCGUGUGCAGGCAGGGCGCGCAGUUCGAGAUCAUGCUGAAGGCCAGGCAGGCCCGGAACUCGCAGUUCGACUUCCUGCGCUUCGACCACUACCUCAACCCGUACUACAAGUUCAUCCAGAAGGCCAUGAAGGAAGGGCGCUACCCCGUGCUGGCGGAGGGCAGAGGCGACGAGAAGCAGAAGCCGGGGGCCAGCUCCGACGACGAGGGCGACGACGACGAGGGCGACGGGAGCUACCUGCACCCGUCCCUCUUCGCGUCCCGGAAGUGCGACCGCCUGGAGGAGCUGAUGAAGCCCCUGAAGGUGGUGGAUCCGGACCACCCGCUGGCGGCGCUGGUGCGCAAAGCCCAGGCCGACAGCCCCGCCCCGGCCCCGCCCUCGGCCGACGGUGCAGCUGCCCCGCCCUCGCAGGUGGAGUACCCUGCGGACUCGGCAGUGGCAGCCAUGUACUACAGCUACUACAUGCUCCCGGACGGCACCUACUGCCUGGCGCCCCCACCCCCGGGGGUGGACGUGGCCACCUACUACAGCACCCUGCCGGCCACAGUGGCCGUGUCCAGCACCACCGGAGUGACAGCCACCGCCCCGCCCCCUCCCGGGACCACGCCGCCGCCGCCCCAAACCACUGCGGAGACGAGUAGUGGGGCGACCUCCACCACCAUCACCACAAGUGCUCUCGCCCCCGUGGCCGCCAUCAUCCCCCCGCCCCCCGACGUCCAGCCUGUGAUCGACAAGCUGGCUGAGUACGUGGCCCGGAACGGCCUCAAGUUCGAGACCAGUGUCCGCGCCAAGAACGACCAGAGGUUCGAGUUCCUGCAGCCCUGGCACCAGUACAACGCUUACUACGAGUUCAAGAAGCAGUUCUUCCUGCAGAAGGAAGGGGGCGACGGCGCGCAGGCUGCGUCCGCGUCGGAAGAGGCUCCGGUGGAGCCGGCCCCCGAGAAGCCGAGCGACCUGGGGGAGGACGGGGCGGCCGAGGACCCGGCCGAGGCGGGGGGCAGAGGCGGCGCGGCGGGGAAGAAGGAGGCCGCAUCCAGUAAAGCCGCUGCGGACGGGAAGCUCGUGAAAGCCUCGUUCGCGCCGAUCAGCUUCGCGAUCAGGGCCAAGGAGAACGACCUCCUCCCACUGGAGAGGCACCGGGUGAAGCUGGACGACGACAGCGACGACGACGGCGACGCGCCAGGCGCCGAGGGCCAGGAGAGCGCCUGCGCGGCGGCCGGCGCCGACCCGGUGGCGGCCCCGCCCUGCGCAGGCGUCGAGGAGAGGCGGGCCCCGCUCACCCAGGAGGAGCUGGAAGCCAAGCAAGCGAAGCAGAAGCUGGAGGACCGGCUGGCCGCCGCCGCCAGGGAGAAGCUGGCCCAGGCGUCCAAGGAGUCCAAGGAGAAGCAGCUGCAAGCGGAGCGGAAGAGGAAGGCCGCCCUGUUCCUGCAGACCUUGAGGCAGCCCCUGCCGGAGGCCGAGGGCGGGAAGGUCGAGGAGGGCCCCUUCAGCGCGGAGGAAGCCAGCCCUGCAGCCUGCCCGCUGCUGAGCGGGGGCCGGCCUCUGCCGGCCGCGGACACCAAGCCCCCCGAAGGGCCCUCCAGCAGGAGCAGAGAGCCCCCCAGGGAGGCGGAGAGGGAGAGGAAGAAGAAGAAGCACAAGAAGCGGUCCCGGACGCGCUCGCGCUCCCCCCGGCGCCACUCCUCCUCCAAGCCCCGGUCCCGGUCCCACUCGAAGGCGAAGCACUGCCUGCCCAGCGCCUACCGGACCGCCCGGCGCUCCCGGUCCCGGUCCCGGUCCCCCCGGCGAAGAGCCCACUCUCCCGAGAGGCGCAGGGAGGAAAGAAGCGUCCCCACCGCCUACCGGGUGAGCAACAGCCCCGGCGCCAGCAGGAAGCGCACCCGGUCCAGGAGCCCCCACGAGAAGAAGAAGAAGCGGCGCUCGCGGUCGCGGACCAAGUCCAAGGCCGAGUCCCGGCCGGCGUCCCCCGGCCAGCAGGCCCCGCGCCGGCACUCGGCCCACUCGGCCAGCAUCUCCCCCGCGGAGAGUCGGGGCUCCAGCCCGGAGCGCUCCAGGGGCGUCUCUCAGGAAAAAGAAGGUCAGAUCUCUUCGGCGAUUGUGUCUUCUGUGCAGAGCAAAAUCACUCAGGACCUCAUGGCCAAAGUCAGGGCGAUGCUCGCCGCCUCCAAAAACAUGCAGACCAGCGCCUCCUGAGACGCGGCCGUGGGCCUCGCGGGGCCAGCCAGACCCCCGGGCGUCCGUGGCCGCGGCGGCUUUUGUACAUUCAUUUUCGAUGACAUUUUCAGUUGAAGAUUUUGACCAGCAGUCUCUUACCUGUAUAUUUGUAAAUAAUAUCAUGUUUCUGUGAAAACGUAUUAUCAAAUAAAACGGGAGGAAAACAGCUUUUCUA